GACACACACACACGGAACUUGAUCUUUGGGUUGAAAAAUGGAACCGGAGAUGGAUGCCCUCAAGGUUCCGAUUCUACCUGAGCACCAAUCAUCAUCUCCGACUCCAUGGUCGUCGAGACUCACGAAACGGAUUAUCAUACCAACCGCCGUUUCGGGGGCUCUAGCGUUAGGGAUAUUUUCCUUCUUCUUGAAUUUUAAUUCAGCUCCAGUUCCAGUUCCAUUACCCGGAAGUUUGUACAGCGUCAUUAUCGAUGCUGGGAGUUCGGGGUCCCGAGUUCACGUGUUCAAGUACUCCAUUGAUCAGUCCGGGGCACCCGUUUACAGUUUUGGUCCUGACCACCACAAGGUGUCUAGGUUUCUAGGUGGUUUGUCGACGUAUGCUAAUAAUCUGGAAGGAGCGAAGGAGAAAGUGGAGCAACUUGUGGGCUUCGCCAAGGAAAUUGUUCCCCAGGAUAUGUGGAGCAGGACUGACAUAAGGUUAAUGGCAACUGCUGGGAUGAGAGCCAUUGCGAAAACUGAUCAGGAAAGUAUUCUUAAUACUGCCAAACAAGUUUUUAGAUCUCGUCCUGGGUUUCAUUUUCGUGACGAGUGGGCUUAUGUUAUCAGUGGAUCUGAUGAAGGUUUAUAUGCUUGGAUAAUUGCCAAUCACGCACUCGGUUUGCUUGGAAAUACUGGGACAACGGGGAUUGUUGAACUCGGCGGGGCUUCUGCGCAGGUGACCUUUGAGUUAAGUAAUCAGCAAGUGAAUUCUGUGGACUCGCAUAUGAAAACCUGUAACAGUUUUCCAUACAGAAUCUACAGUCACAGCUUCCCCAACUAUGGGAAGGAUGCAGCACUAAAAAGGUUAAUGGAUAAUCUACAAUACCCAGACGGGGAGGAAGUGGAGGAAGACGUUGAAGACCCUUGUACUCCUCAAGGGUACACCUACCAAAAUAAUCGGCGUAAAUAUCUAUCCGUAUUCCUAGCUGAUGAAAGCGAAUAUACAAGACUUGUAGCUGCUGGUAAUUUCGCAAGAUGCAAAAUCAAAACGCUUGAACUUUUGCAGGAAGGAAAUGAGAUGUGUCCAUCUAAUUCGUGUGCUAUUGGAUCUACAUACACACCUCCGGUUCAAGGAAGGUUUUUGGCUACAUCAAAUUUUGCCUACACAAGCGAAUUCUUUCACUUAAACGAACUAAAUUGGAUGUCUGACUUAAGGCAAAAGGGGGAGGAGUUUUGUCAAAAAACCUGGGAAGCACUAGAACUGGAAUACAGAGGUACUCUAAACUAUAGUGAAGAAUAUUUGCGUGGGUAUUGCUUCUCAUCAGCAUAUAUAAUCGCAAUGCUUGAAAGGCUUGGUUUUAAUGACGAAAGUACUAUAGAGUUUUCGAAUGAAGUACAUGGCACAUCAUUAGAUUGGGCAUUGGGCGCUUUCAUCGAUAGUUUCUCACAGCCUAGUAUCGCCCCUGCUCCAAGUCCCGCACUCACUUCUGGUCACAGUGGUGGUGAUUCUAGAAAAUUUCUUGGCUUUUGAUGACAUGCACCGGAGGAAACCAAACCCAAAGUUCAAAGAUCAAGUCUUAUUAUGACUUGGUGUUUUCUUUUAUUUCUGUUUUAAGCAAAUAAUUAGAGCACUGCUUCACUUCCUCUUUUGUAGGAGAAGAGUGACUUUUUCUCUUCACAAGUUCUAUUUCCACUUUUUUAUUGGAUUGAUGUAUGUCUGAACCAA